AUGAACAUCGAUAGCAUGGUUGGCGCCCGUGUCGAUGAUUCGCUAUACAAACAAGGCCACAGGACAUACCGUGUCUCCAAGAAGGAUCCAAAUGGGCUACCGCAUCCCAAGGUGGUGAGAGAGGUCGAACAUUUCUGCGAUCAACUGGAGAAGCGGCUGGACGAGCUCCUAGAAGACGAACAAGACGAGCCUUUGGGAGAACCACUUUGCGAGUUCGGAUUCAGCGGCCGACUCAAGAAGCGCCUCAACAAGCACAAGACACACACAGGCUCGAACUACAUCAUGAAUCUAUUUGAAGCGACCCUCAAGCUGACCUUCCCCGAAGAAGACUUCGGAAUUGAGCAGUACGUGCUGUAUAUUGUACCGUACAGAUUUCUCAAAGCAAUCACCGAAAUGUUCAUCACCCGCAUCGGGCAUGGCAUGGUGAGGUUCGGCGGCGGUUUUAGCCAUGAACCGCCAGGCAGGAGCACAAGAACAAAGCUUAGCAAGAAGGAGUGGGAGACCGCGUUGAAAGUCGCGCAAGACCACGUGGAUGCUGAAGGGAACAGGAAGUUUUACUUCGCGCAAAUGGACGAGGCGAAGGCCCGACUUGACGCGGAGAUCAAGGCUGUGGAGAAGAAGGUGGACGCCCAAGACGAGUACCAGGCGGAGAUGGAUCAGCUCCUGGGGGCCAUGGGCCCGAUGGGCGAGGAGAUCGACUUCGAGGACUUGCUCACGAGGCUCACCGAGACGGUUGAAGGGUUGGAGGAAGAGUAG